AUGUUUGAAAAUAACAAUGAUGCUAAUAAUAAUUUCCCUGAAGAGGAGCAACAUGCUGAAGAGCCCCUAGAAGAGGAGGAUUUAGAUUUAGGCGAAGAGGAAGAUGAUUCGGAAUUACCACCAGAUCAUCCACUCAUUAAAAGGCUCCAGGAUGGUCUGAAGAAGCAACUUCAAAAGGAGAAAGAUAAAUUAGAUGUUGAAAAGAGAGAUAAGCUCGCUCUCAAGAACAAGCUCUCAGAAGAACGUGAAGAGAUUGGUGUUCAAUUAUAUACUGUACAACAACAAUUAGCAAAACUUCAAGCAAAGUUAACCGAUGCAAAUGAACAGCGCGCACAAUUAGAAGCACAAAGAAAUGAAGAAACAGAACAACUUAAACAAGCUCGUCAAGAAUUAGAAGACGCGGAAACAGAAUACAAAGCAAGCGAGAAGGAAUACGAAUCGCAACGUGAUAAGCUUGACAAACUUAACGAAGAUGUUCUACGUUUGGAGAAGUCGAAUCUUGAACUUGCAAGCCAAGUAGCAGGAACACGCAGACAAGCAUAUAAAUCAGAUCAGUCUGCUUCUGAAACAGAAGUCACAAAGAAAGAGCAAGAUUUAUACAUAGAUCGUCUUACAAAUCAAAUUAAAGACGUAUCCGGCCAAAUACAAGUUAUUGAAGCCCAAAUUAAUGCUCAGAGAUCAGAAACUAAGCUUGCUCAAGACGCUCUUCUUCAAGCAAACCAUGAAAUGGACCUUAUCAAAUUUGAACACGAGAAGUUAGUCCAAAGCUGGAUGGAAGCUAUCGUUGAUAUCAAGAACCACACAAAGAUGCUUGAAAAGACUGAAGCUCUCGCUGCUUCCGUUGAAGAGAACAUCAGAUCUCUCCAGAACGAAUACGCCGGCCUCAAAGCCCAGAUUUCUGAUCAGCAAGAGCUUAGUGAGCGUAACAGACUUCUCCAGAACAAAAUCAACAGCAGAUUGACUUAUCUCAAACAAAAGAUCGAACAAACCAAAGAUGCAAGAGAAAAAGAGCAGGAACAACUUACAAACUUAUCAUCUCUCAUCAAAGAGAAGGAAUCUUUGAUCAGUCGCCUUCAAAUUGAAAGAAAUGCCAAAAUGUCAGAAUUCAAGCUCAGCCAAAAGGACACAAACGGCAUUUCCAACAAAAUCCAUGAAAUCGAAGGCAAAAUCCUUGAACACGUUUCGAAUCAGUCAGAUUUAAAGAGAGAUGCCUUGGCUACACAAAACGAAGUCCAAAAACUCCGUGAACAGAUCGAAGCAAAGGACAGAGAACUCAGUGAUAUCCAAAACGAAGUUAUGAGACUCAAAUUCGACAAAUUAACUUUGUCAGAUCAAUGCCAGAAGGUUGAACAAGGUUUAGCAGCCAUUGUCGAGGAACUCCAAGCCAAGGACAAUAUUAUCAGCCAGUACGAAAGCCAAAUUCGUCGUAACAACGUCGAUAUCGAAAAACGUCAGAGUGAUGUCGACAAACUCAACAGAAAAUACGAUGAACUUACAUCAGCGCAAAAUGGUGAAGAGUACGGCCCACUCGAACGUAAGAUCAGACAGAUCCAAUCCAAGAUUCAAUUAUCUGAUCAGACAACAGCCGAAAACCAAGCAAUUUGGCUCAAGAAACAGACAGAGCUUGUCGCAUUGGAGAAGUCCUGUGACGAAAUCCAAGAAGCAAACACUUCGCAACAAGCUCAUAUCGCAGUUCUUUCGAGAAAACGCGAUAGAACGCGAAACCAACUUGCAGCAACCGAGAAAGAGAUAGAGCGUCUUAAUAUACAGAUCAGACUUCUUCAGCGCGAGAUGUCCAGACUCGGAGAACAGCUCAGCGCGAGUGUCGGAACAGGAAACAAUUUAAUUGAAGGAAAUAUCAAUUUCGAAGCCGAAAUUUUGGAGAACUUGAGGAAGAAAGAAGAAGAAUCCGCGAGUACAGAGAUGAAGAUCGAAGAAGUUGCCCAGCAAAGAGAAGAUCUCGCACAAGAACUCAUGGAAACAGAAAGAGCAAUCAUGAUGUGGGAAAAGAAACUCCAACUGGCUAGAGAAAUGAAAGAAGCUUUGGAUCCAAAUUACGGAGCGAGCGAACUGAAAUCCAUGAAGAAAGAAGUCUCAAGAAUGGAAUUAAGACUCUCACAAAUCGAGAAACAACAAGAAAACAUCAUAAAGGAAAUGGAAUUCGCUCUUUUGAGAAGAGAAACAAUUGCAGACAGAGGAGCAGUUCAGAAGCGUCUUAACAAGGAUAAGACAAGAUCAGAUGUCACUAAAGGUAUCACAGCAUUGAGAAGACAGGCCAAGUCAUUGAAUGAAGAAACAGCUAAAUACGAUGAAUUGAUUCAAUCUGACACUGCCGCACAAAGAGAUAUCGAAGCAGAAAUAGAACAGUUGACACAUAUCAUGAGAGAAUCUGAACAAAAGAAGGCUGAAUUAGAGGCACAGCUGAAGAAUGAAGAAAACGCAAAGGCAGUCGCACAGGCGAGAUUGGAGAAAUUGCACCAGAAGAGUAGAUAUUUCCAGGCUCAGGGUGCAAAGACUGUUUUGAAGUCUCAGGACGCGUUCGAGUCUGCUUUCCAGAACGUAAAGAACCAGGAGAAUCAGUUGAUUUCUCUUAUUGAUAAUCUCGCUCAGGACUUCCCUCAGUUGGCUGAGAAUUUGAAGCUCAUCAAGGAAAAGGUGACUGCUGUGUAA